AUAAUGUGAUAAGUGGUGUCAAGCGAAACGAAUAUUUGCAUUGUUUUUAGUUGGUGUGAAAAGCAACUUAUUUUUCGACGCAUCAUAGUUAAGUUAAAUGGAUAUAAAAGUAGAACAAAUGAAGACUGAGCUAAGGACGUGCGUGGCCUGCGGGGAACCGAUCGCCGAUAAGUACCUCUUUGACGUUGAUGGAUGCUCGUGGCACGGUUCCUGUCUGCGGUGUUCCGUCUGUCUGACCUUGCUGGAGCGCCAGCCGUCCUGCUACUUUCGCGACCGGCAGGUCUACUGCCGGUCGGACUAUGCAAAAACCUUCGGCGCCAAGUGCUCCAAGUGCAGCCGCUCGAUCGCCCCCUCGGACUGGGUUCGGAAGGCCCGCGAUCUGGUGUUUCACCUGGCGUGCUUUUCCUGUGACACGUGCGGCCGGCAGCUUUCGACGGGGGAGCAGUUUGCGCUGAUCGACGACAAGGUCAUGUGCAAGAUCCACUACCAGGACACGGGCGACGAGGCUUCCAACUCCAGUGAUGAUGGUUGCAGCACCGACGGCUUCAACAAGAACAAGUCCAAGCGGGUACGGACGACGUUCACCGAGGAGCAGCUUCACAUCCUGCAGGCCAACUUCCAAAUUGACAGCAACCCGGACGGGCAAGAUCUGGAGCGGAUAGCCCAGCUGACGGGACUCAGCAAAAGGGUCACCCAGGUGUGGUUCCAGAACUCGAGGGCGCGCCAGAAAAAGCACACCCACAUUCCACGAGACGUUCAUGGUUCGGCGAUGUUCAGCGCGCUGAGGCAGGAUCUCAACAACAAUAGCAACACGAGCCUCAGUGAUAACGACAGUGGCAUGGGCAAGCCACCGUCUAUGUUCAAUUCGCACGUGAAUCUGAUCAAUCUGAUGGUGUAACAUAUGGGAAUGCAAUCAUUGUUGCACCUGCCGCCGGGAGGAAGCAGUCCAAUGCUUGAUGAUUGCUAGAAAGCGAGAGUCGUUUAACGGGAUUGGUGGAAAAUUGAUUGAAAAA